AUGGCUGUAGAAGCUGCCGAUAUCCCCGAUGGAACUGGUGUUCUCAAGCUUGAUCCGUGGCUGGAACCUCACAAAGAUGUGCUGAAGCACAGAUACAACUUGGUUGAGAAAUGGGCCAAGGAUAUCGAGCAAACUGAAGGUGGUCUGGACAAGUUCAGCAAGGGAUAUGAGUCCUUCGGCCUUCAUGCACAGCCAAAUGGCGACAUCACAUACCGCGAAUGGGCGCCUAAUGCGGUACAGGCGUCUUUGGUUGGCGAUUUCAACAACUGGGAUACCAAUGCCAAUACAAUGACCAAGAAUGAUUUCGGGGUGUGGAACGUCACUGUUCCCGCGAAAGCUGGUGCUCCGGCUAUUCCUCACGAUAGCAAGAUCAAGAUCACAAUGGUCCUUCCCAGCGGCGAGCGCAUUUACCGAAUCCCAGCCUGGAUUAAGCGGGUUGUUCAAGAUUUGAACGUCUCCCCAAUUUACGAUGCCGUAUUCUGGAACCCGCCCGCUAGUGAGCGAUACAGCUUCAAGCAUGCGCGGCCCAAGAAGCCUGAGAGUUUGCGAAUCUAUGAGGCGCAUGUUGGCAUCUCCUCCCCCGACCAGCGGGUCGCCACUUACAAAGAGUUCACGAAGAACAUGCUUCCUCGCAUUAAGGAUCUGGGCUACAAUGCUAUCCAGCUGAUGGCGAUCAUGGAACAUGCGUACUACGCCAGUUUUGGCUACCAGGUGAACAACUUCUUUGCAGCGAGUAGUCGCUAUGGGUCUCCGGAAGACCUGAAGGAGCUCAUAGACACUGCGCACAGCUUAGGCUUGGUUGUUUUGCUUGAUGUUGUGCACAGCCAUGCAUCGAAGAAUGUUGCGGAUGGUAUCAAUGAGUUUGAUGGCACUGAUCACCUUUACUUCCAUGAAGGUGGCAAGGGUCGACAUGACCAGUGGGAUAGUCGCUUGUUCAACUAUGGAAGCCAUGAGGUGCUACGGUUCCUUCUGAGUAACCUUCGUUUCUGGAUGGAGGAGUACCAAUUUGAUGGAUUCCGAUUCGACGGAGUCACUAGUAUGCUCUACGUCCAUCAUGGAAUCGGAAGCGGCUUUUCCGGCGGAUACCACGAAUACUUCGGUCCAGCCGUCGACGAGGAGGGACUCACAUACCUGACCCUCGCCAACGAAAUGCUGCACAAGCUCUACCCCAACUGCAUCACUGUUGCCGAAGACGUCUCCGGCAUGCCAGCCCUCUGUCUUCCACACUCCAUCGGCGGUGUCGGAUUCGACUACCGCCUCGCCAUGGCCAUCCCAGACAUGUACAUCAAGCUCCUGAAAGAGAAACAAGACGACGAAUGGGACAUCGGCAACCUAGCCUUCACAUUAACAAACCGACGACACGGUGAGAAGACCAUCGCCUACGCCGAAAGCCACGACCAAGCACUGGUCGGCGACAAAACGCUCAUGAUGUGGCUCUGCGACAAAGAGCUCUACACGCACAUGUCCACCCUAAGCGAAUUCACCCCCAUAAUCGAAAGAGGAAUGGCAUUGCACAAAAUGAUCAGGCUGAUAACCCACGGCCUCGGCGGCGAAGGCUACCUAAACUUCGAAGGCAACGAAUUCGGGCACCCCGAAUGGCUAGAUUUCCCCCGUGAAGGAAACGGCAAUUCAUUCUGGUACGCUCGUCGCCAGCUAAACCUUACCGAGGACAAUCUGCUGCGAUACAAGUCCCUUAACGACUUUGAUCGCGCGAUGCAGCUCACCGAGGAGAAGUAUGGAUGGCUGCACUCUCCACAGGCGUAUAUCAGUCUGAAGAACGAGAGCGAUAAGGUUCUCGUGUUUGAACGGGCGGGGCUGGUUUGGAUCUUCAACUUCAGUCCUACUGAGAGCUUUACCGAUUAUCGGGUUGGAGUUGAUGUUCCGGGGACUUAUCGGAUUGUGCUUGAUACUGAUGACAAGCAGUUUGGAGGUUUGGGAAGGAAUGUCAAGGAGACGAGGUUCUUCACCACUGAUAUGGAGUGGAAUGGGAGGGCGAAUUUCACGCAGGUGUAUCUUCCUACGCGGACUGCUUUGGUCUUGGCUUUGGAAGAAACUCUGUAG